AAAAAAAAAAAAAAAAAAAAAAAAAAUUUAGAAUUCAAAUCCAGAAAAUCUGAUUCUCUUUGAUUUUCCAUGGAAAUUUCCUCAGUUCCGAUCAGUUCGUGCUCCAAAGAGCACCAGAAAAUCUACCGGGAGUGGUUUCAAUUCGCAGAUUCAGAUAGUGAUGGCCGCAUUACGGGGAGUGAUGCUAUCAAGUUCUUCAGCAUGUCCAAUUUGUCUCGCCAAGAUCUUAAGCAGGUUUGGGCAAUUACCGAUUCAAAGAGGCAGGGGUUUCUUGGUUUUACUGAGUUCGUUGCUGCUAUGCAGCUAGUUUCCCUUGCACAAGCUGGAAAUGAGAUUACAAAUGAUCUAUUAACCAGAAAUGCAGACUUGGAAAACUUGAAGCCUCCAGUCAUGGAGGGGUUGGAUGUGUUAUUAGCGAAAAAGAAGCGUUCAAACAAGACAAAUGAGAACGAAGUAAACGGUAAUCCUGUGGUGCAACAAUCACCUUCAGCACUUUGGUUUUCUUCUAAAUCAUCAAAAAAGGUUCCGCUCUCUGCUGUAACAUCAAUUGUAGAUGGGUUGAAGAGAUUAUAUGUCCAGAAGCUGAAACCAUUGGAAGUUACUUACAAGUUUAAUGAUUUUGUAUCCCCAUUACUUACAAACAGUGAUUUUGAUGCCAAACCCAUGGUUAUGCUUUUGGGUCAAUACUCCACUGGGAAAACAACAUUUAUUAAACAUUUACUUAAAACAAGUUAUCCAGGAGCUCACAUUGGUCCUGAGCCUACGACAGAUAGAUUUGUUGUUGUUAUGUCUGGAUCUGAUGAAAGAAGUGUUCCUGGGAAUACGAUUGCGGUGCAAGCUGACAUGCCAUUUAGUGGCCUCACAUCUUUUGGAACAGCAUUCUUGUCAAAGUUUGAGUGUUCCCAAAUGCCACAUCCUUUGCUGGAGCACAUUACAUUUGUUGAUACUCCUGGCGUUUUAUCUGGGGAGAAGCAACGAACACAACGAGCCUAUAAUUUUACUGGAGUCACUUCAUGGUUCGCUUCAAAGUGUGACCUCAUUUUACUUUUGUUUGAUCCUCACAAACUUGAUGUGAGUGAUGAGUUCAAGCGUGUGAUUUCAUCUUUACGUGGUCAUGAUGAUAAGAUUCGCGUUGUACUCAACAAGGCAGAUCAAAUUGAUACCCAACAAUUAAUGAGGGUUUAUGGCGCAUUGAUGUGGUCCCUUGGGAAGGUUCUGAAUACUCCUGAGGUUAUGCGAGUUUAUAUUGGGUCAUUCAAUGACAAACCUGUAAAUGAGGCUGCCUCCGGUCCAAUAGGGAAAGAACUCUUUGAGAGAGAACAAGAGGAUCUUCUUGCUGACUUAAAGGAUAUUCCAAAGAAAUCUUGUGAUCGCCGGAUCAAUGAAUUUGUCAAGCGUGCUAGAGCGGCCAAGAUACAUGCUUACAUUAUCAGCCAUUUGAGAAAAGAGAUGCCUGCUUUGAUCGGGAAAGCCAAGACUCAACAGAAGCUAACGGAUAAUUUGGAAGAUGAGUUUAAAAAGGUUCAAAGGGAAUUUCAUCUACCUCCAGGGGAUUUUCCGAAUGUUGAACAAUUCAGGGAGACCUUAAGUGGUUACAGCUUUGACAAUUUUGAGAAGUUGAAGCCUAGUAUGAUAAAAGCAGUUGACGACAUGCUGGGUUAUGAUAUCCCAGAGCUUCUGAAGAAUUUCAGAAAUCCAUAUGACUAAUGGAUGCUGGAAUUCUUAAGAGGAAAAAUAACAUGUUGAAACUUGAAAGGAGCAUUGCUCUUCUUGAGCAUCUUGGUUACCCCUGUAAUUUAAUAUGGUUCAUGCCUUCAGCCCUUAUUGUAGUGUACAAGAUGUCAUUGUAGAAUAUUCACUUCUAAUACCAAUUUCUGUUUUCGGAGGAACACACUU